AUGGCCACCAAAUAUCAGAACAUAUUCGCCGCCCUGGACUCGGAUGAGGAGGACACGCCACGUGUGAACAAGAAGGCUACGUCAACCCUGUCGGCUAAUGUAGCGCUAAAUAAGCCUGCCGCUGGUAACAAGAAGUCUGGUAACAAAAGAGUCCCUGUGGGUGACAAGCCGCGCAGCCCAAAUGACGGUAGCCGUGCUCCUCGUGAACGUGGUGACCGUGGCGACCGUGGCGACUGUGUGACCGUCGGCACGGGCCGUGGCAAGGAGUCAAUCAAGCAGGGCGGUGGUGCCCACAACUGGGGCAACAAAGCUGAUCCGAACGAACAACUGGUCGAAGCCGCCUUCCAGGAGGGUGCAAAGCCCGUGUCGGACGAAGAGGCAGCUGCAGAUGAAGUUGCUCCUGAGGAGGAAGAAGAAGAGGAGGUCCAGCUCACUCUCGAUGAAUACCUUGAGAAGCAAAAGUCGUCUCGCUCGGGUGACCUGUUUGCUGAUGUUGAGGUUCGUCAGGUGACCAACCAAUUUUCCAGCGCAACGCAGAUUACCAAGGAAGGAAAGACCCCAGACUUCAUUGACUCGCAGUACGAGAAGGUGUACAGCAAGAAGACAUCGGGUCGCAAGAAACAGGUCAUUACUGACGUGGGAUUCCGCUUGGAGAAGCCAGAACGCUUCACGCGUGACUUUGACUCGUCGCGUGGUGGACGAGGCGGUCGUGGUGGCCGUGGUGCUCGUGGCAACGGCCGCACUGGUGGCCGUGGUGGCCAUGGUGCUAAUGUUCCGAAUGUGACGGACAUGAGCGCUUUUCCCAGCCUCGGCUAA